GAGGGCGGGCGGGGGGGGCGCGCUCCCCCCGAGCGGCGGCCCCGGGCCGCGGCCCCCCGUUGCGGUCGGAGAGGCGUGCAGCACCGGGCCCUGCGAUGCCGUUUGGCUGUGUGACGCUGGGAGACAAGAAAGAUUAUAAUCAGCCGUCCGAGGUGACCGACAGAUAUGACCUGGGCCAGGUCAUCAAAACGGAGGAAUUCUGUGAAAUCUUCCGAGCCAAGGAGAAGACGACAGGGAAAUUGUACACCUGCAAGAAGUUUCUGAAGCGAGAUGGGCGGAAAGUGCGGAAGGCAGCCAAAAACGAGAUCAUCAUCCUCAAAAUGGUGAAGCACCCCAACAUCCUACAGCUGGUGGAUGUCUACAUCACCCGCAAGGAGUAUUUCAUCUUCCUGGAGCUGGCCACUGGCCGGGAGGUCUUCGACUGGAUCCUGGACCAGGGCUACUACUCGGAGAAGGACACCAGCAAUGUCAUCCGGCAGGUGCUGGAGGCUGUUGCCUACCUGCACUCACUCAAGAUUGUCCACAGAAACCUCAAGCUGGAGAAUCUGGUGUACUAUAACCGCCUGAAGAACUCCAAGAUCGUCAUCAGCGACUUCCACCUGGCCAAGCUGGAGAACGGGCUCAUUAAGGAGCCCUGCGGCACCCCCGAGUACCUGGCUCCGGAGGUGGUGGGGCGGCAGCGAUACGGGCGGCCGGUGGACUGCUGGGCCAUCGGUGUCAUCAUGUACAUCCUCCUCUCGGGAAAUCCCCCUUUCUACGAGGAGGCAGAUGAGGAUGACUACGAGAACCAUGACAAGAACCUCUUCCGCAAAAUCUUGGCUGGGGACUACGAGUUCGACCCACCAUACUGGGAUGACAUCUCGCAGGCAGCUAAGGAACUGGUGACGCGCCUGAUGGAGGUGGAGCAGGACCAGAGGAUCACAGCGGAGGAGGCCAUCUCCCAUGAGUGGAUCUCUGGGAAUGCUGCCUCAGACAAGAACAUCAAGGACGGCGUCUGUGCCCAGAUCGAGAAGAACUUCGCUCGGGCCAAGUGGAAGAAAGCCGUGCGAGUGACCACGCUCAUGAAACGSCUGCGGGCGCCCGAGCAGUCAGAGACGGCGACGGCCCCGGCAGCGACCCCAGCCCCGGCAGCGGCCCCAGCAGCGACCCCGGCCCCGGCAGCGGCUCCAGCAGCGACCCCGGCUACGGCAGCCACCCCGGCCGCUGCAGCUACCUCGGCCCCGGCUGCAGCCCCGGCCGCGGCAGCGUCUCCGGCUCCGGCAGCGACCCCGGCCCCGGGCCGGCUCUGCCCGCGGCUGCCGCCGCCGCCCCGCGCCCCGCGCCCCGCCGCUGUAUCUCUGGCAAAUAAAGACCCCGCUGAGGACAAACUGAGACAGCACCAGCGCCGCCUGCCCAGUCUCUCUGUGGGGCCGGGGGUCUGCCGCGCGUGCCGGCAGCACGGGGCUGAGCGAGGCGCGGCGGGCUGGAAGCGGCACCGCAGCCCGGCCAGCCAGGGCAGCGGGACGUGUGGGCGCUUGUCCCGGGAAGGAUCCCGGGAGCUGUCGCAGGGCUCCGAGGGACACGGGACGGGCGGGGCGGGCCCGGGGCUCGGCCCCACCCACGCCUGCAGGCCCCGCCCCUCCCCAGACCACGCCCCUCCAUCCAGCCACACCCUUGGGCCCGCGCGGGGCCCCUGA